CCGCCGAUGGACAAAGUUAACAAGUGGUAAUAUCAACUGAUGAAAAAAUGUAUUUUCAGAUUCAAAGCUACACAUACAAAUUUAGUUUUUCCAGUACUUGCAUUUACCAGUUAUUACAUCUUUACGCGAAUGUCUUCAUAUUCUUUUCGUGGUGCAGUCAAAACAUGGAUUCCCCGUGAGGAGGAGCAAACUGCGCCACACACCGCAACAGAUUCCCAACAGCUACAACUCAGUAAGUCUGCACAACAGCUGUACUCAGAUCCCGCCAAUGAUAAAUGGUCUGUAAAACAACUUAUGCGUCUUCUACGCCUCUAUGGUGCGCAUCAAUGUCUUUGGGACACACGUCAUCCUGACAAUAGAAAUCGCAAAUUUCGUAAAGCAGCGCUUAUUGAUAUUACAGCGGCUAUGGGGGAGGGUAAUACAUGUUCACAGGUCUUGCAAAAGAUCAAUGUCUUGCGUGCCACUUAUAGAUACGAGAAACGGCGCAUUAAACAGCGCAUACGCAGAGGCAUAGGCGCCAAAACGAAACUCAGGUGGUUCGCAUUAGCCGAUUCCUUCCUGAGGAAUGUGCCUAGGUCCGAGAUAAAAAAAAAGAAAGAGGAUGCUGAUACUGACUCAGAUUUAGAAGAUGCUAUAGUGUUUACUAUUGAGCCGGAAGUGUUGACUUCACUGUCAGAUGAUGAGAAUUUUCAAAAUGAUGAUUAUUACAUUAAAGAAGAUUUUGACCAGGAUAGCAUACGUUUCCCAACUGUUAGCACUACUGAGGACGUCGGUCCAUCCCUGCGUGAAAGUGAACAAAUAUCUACAAGUAUAAAACGGAAAUGGACUACUCAUGACUCCUUGCAAUUUAUUUUUCUGUUACGCUCCUAUCCUCUGCUUUGGCAGUUGGACAUAAACGACCCCUUAGUGACGGAGCAACAGGCCACACAGCAAGAAAAAGCCAUCGAAGAUAUUUCCCAUACGAUGCAAUUGCCAAAGCAACGCUUGCGCAGACGCUUAGAAACUUUUCUGGACACAUACCGUCGUGAGACGGAAGCUAUUAAACAGGAUAACCAACAUAAACCGCGUUUUGCUUGGUGGCCCAUGGUACAGGAGUACUUGGAGACGCCCCAGUUGGCGAAAAUUAAUAUCAACGAAAACACGGAAGAGUAUAACAAGCGGAAACUUAAUGAAAUUACGUCAUUAGUGCCUUUGACACUUGAUGGUAAUACUGAUGAACCAAACGACGCCUUAUAUUUAAGUGCGCCAUCAUCCCCCACCGUGUCACAAAUUUUUUCACCAGCUUCGCCAGCAAACAACGAAGAUAGCAUUAGUAACAACGAUACUUACACCGCGGAGCAACAAAAUUUUAGCAAUCCACCCUUGAAACUCAUUUGGAAUGGUCUCGAGGACGACCUCCUCGAGGGUAAAUGGUCGCUUAAACAUUCAGUGAAGUUUUUGCGUCUCUAUGGUGCACAUCGCUGCCUGUGGGAUCUUAAUGACCCUGACUACCGCUCGCGUGAAAUGCGCGGGGCCGCAAUCGAGGAUAUUGCCGCGGCUAUGGGUUAUGAUCUGGACGCUGAUUAUGUUGCAAAGAAAAUAAAAAUCUUCCGCAUUACAUACAUGCAGCAUCGGAAGCGCAUGCUUGAGGCCAUUAAGCAGAAUAGAGCGCCGGACGUGCAGUUGCGUUGGUUCCCUUUGGCCGAUAGUUUUUUGCGUCCACACAUCGGCUUGCGCUCGAUCAAAGAGCAGGAGCGCGAAAUGCCACAAUUCGAUUUUCAAUAUGUUUACGCGAAUUUAAAUUUAAUUGAUCCCAGUCUGCUGGCGGAUCUCAAGUGAGGCUUGAGCUGAGGAAUAACUGUAAUAAAAACUAUUGUCUUCUAAGUAAAA